AUGCUAUCAGAUGUCUUGCGGUCAUGCAACAUCGGUAAUCUCAUGGAUCCAGCGUUGCUUUGCACAAUCAAGAUGACGGCUUGGAAGGAUUUCGGUGACGGGAUCUUAAUCUUGAGCCGCCUUUAUUUGGCUCUCAGUAUAAAUUUUGGCUGUUUUGAUGAUUGUCAGUUAUCUUGGGCUAUUGUGAGAUUCAAGCAAGACGUGCUGAAGAAGCUAGAGGAUAGACUGACGGAUGUGAAUGGGUUUGCGAGGGAGACGAUAGAGUCUAACAUUUUUGACUUGUGUAAGUCUCUCUUUGAUGAUUAUGGCCUUAUGGGGCUUGCGGAGAAGGGUGUUGCAGAGGCGAAUGAGUUUGACAGGGAUGCCAUUGAGACUGACGUUUUGGAGAUUUGGAAGUCUCUCUUUGACGUAGAAGCUAAGGAAGCAACACCGACUCUCCAAGCCACCAAGAAUGGGAUUCUUAGUGACUUGUUUCAGCCUAUAGAUGACAAAUUAGCAGCAGAACCACAACAAUAUUAG